GUUUUCUUUUUUUCCGGAUGUAGCAUCACAUGAAUUGACUGUCAACAUGCAAGAUGGCCACGCAUCACAGGCAGAAUGCUGCUGGGCGGAGAAAAGUACAGGUAAAUCUUUACAGCGGCAUUGGUACUAAGUCUCUGACAAUGGCAACAUCUAGGUCUGCAGCUGAAAUAAGUGUUUCAUGAAUACUUUACGGACAGAAGCGACCGUCUGAAAAAGGCAGGGUUGAUGUUAUGAGUCAUGGCUCAAGCCGGCUAACCAAGCUAGCUUAGCAUACGAUGGCUAGUUAUUAGCAACCUCUGCUAACGCAGGCGUCUGAAUGAGUACAGGGCUUUGUAACCUAUUAGCCAUUAUGAGUGUGGUAAAUUAGUCACACGACAGUUACCUACUUUGUUAAUUAUAAUAAAUUAUGCAUUUACUGUCCGAGAAGCAUUUCUUGGCUACAGUAGCAUCAAUGCUGGCUUAGCUACACAGACUCUGGGCUCGGUCUAAUUGCUGGGCAAACGUUCCUGUCUCGGUGCCUCUGUCGUGCACUGCUCUGCUACCUCUUGACGGCACCUUUUCUGUCUUACAUUUCUUCAUUUUUCGCCUGACAUAAUGUUGAAUAGUUUAUUUGCAAACGUGUCACAUAGCUUUUUUUACAUUGCCGUGAAACUGCAGGACUCUAAACCGUUAGUAUUCAGGCGUCUGAACGUGCACGAGGAAGUGGGUGUGUGUCACAGAAAUGCGAGGUGGUCGAGAUCCAAGUCUGACCUGUGUGCUCAAACCUGCUGUUUAUGUGUUUCAGGUGUCUUAUGUCAUUAGAGAUGAGGUGGAGAAAUAUAACCGAAAUGGGGUGAACGCGCUCCAGCUGGACCCCGCGCUGAACCGGCUCUUCACAGCUGGGAGGGACUCGAUCAUCCGGAUAUGGAGCGUCUACCAGCACAAAGUAGAUCCCCUCAUAUUAUCACCGUGUUUCUCUGUUGCUUUGGCUUAGCUGUGAAAUGAUAGUCGACACCCCCAAUUUUGUAUAUGUUAUUCUCAUACCUGUUUUGUUUCUUGCACACAAUAGGAUGUAUAUUUCUCAUUUUUCAUCAAACGUACGAGCACGUUUUCUGCUCUUCUGGUGAACUGAAUAUGUAUUUGUGAUAAAGAGAGACUAGUUUCUCCCCUGUGGGUAAAUGGAAAAUCUGUACAAGCAUUGUAAUUCUUUAAGUCAUCAAAUGCAGAGUAAAACCUCUAUUCCAACAGCUGACACAUUACAAUUUUUCAUCUCAAGAUUACUAUGGCCAAAACUGAAAGCUGUUGUUGUAUCUCAUCCGUCUGUCCGUGAUGUAUAGCUGUAGAAGGAGGCUUCGUGAAACUGGCUUGCUUGUAUGAUAGAAAUUUAUUGCAAAGACAACACCAGUAUCAGAACAGCACUGCAGAUGCUGGGAGACGACUGCCAAUGAUGUCCAUCUCCCAGAACUCAGUUUGUGCUCCUGUUAUAUAGGGUUUAGAGGUGUAGCUCUUCUCGCAUCAUCAUUUCUUGACCUCUAGUUCACCUGUCUUUACCAUCCAGUUGAGAACUAAUUUUGUAAUGUGACCUGUAGAGCACCAGCAGCUGGACUGUUUGGGCCAGGAACCAUAAAAGACACAACAAACUCAAAGCAUACAAGUUUCUCAGGAUGCCCCUGGGAAACACCCUGCGCCAGCAUAAACUUCACCUAAUGUUACUUCCAGAUACCACACUGCAUUACAGCCCUAUGUUACGGUGGCCUUCUAUUCUGUAUUGUAUAAAACAUGCUUUUAUUUUGAAAUUACACCUAUGCUGUUUCUCAUAAAUCAUUAGCUACAGAACUGGAAUAAAAUAGCUGAAGAAAGGUAACAGAGUAUAAAUGGUCAUUUUUUAGCACCAUUGAAGAGGCGCACAUUGUUUUUGGAUUCAUAAUAAAUCCUAGUUAGAUGGUCGGCCAGCAUCUGAUCAUCUUUUGAGGGGCUGCCAGUUAGCUUGCAUGAGUCUUCUCUGCUGCUACUGCUUCUUCUUUGUCUGUAAUUUAUGGCACGUGGCCUCUGGUCUGAAGACCUACUUUGUACUAUAAACUGAUCACUUAUUCUAUAAAACCGUUUGAUUAUUUUUGGCAUAGUAUCAAUAUUCUUUUUUUUAAAUUGACAGUUAGCUCAAAUACCCGUCUGUUGCAACUGCCCUAAGGUUGAUGUGUCAAAAUAUAUGACAACUAACUGAUUUGCAUUUGCUUUGUGACAUUUUAAGAGAUGUCAGCCAAACUGAUCAACUUGUUGUUAUGUAUGGAAAAAAGAUGUGAGCAUCAAGGUCUAAUUCCCAAAUGUUCAUUUGUUGUUGUCCCUUAGAUGAUUUUCUGUUUCUGUAAUUUAGGCCUCUGUGUUAGUGACCAGGUAUACUGUAAUACAUGUAAUUGUUUUUCCUCAUAAAUACACAGAAACCUGUGCCUUUUUUUUUGCUUUUAAAAUGUCAAGUUUUGGUCUCUAAAAUUUAAUCUGUUUAUUUAACUCGAUGCACUAAAUGAGUCUUGAGAAAUUAACAGCCAGUUAAGAGAGGGACUUACUGGUGAAAACAUGCCGGAAAAAACUGUUUGGAUAUUCAGUGACGAAAAAUACUCCUCCUGAAAACACAACAUAUUUCACUAAAAGCCCCUUAACAUUUUGACGAUCUUUGUUUUAAUACAGUGUCCAAAUGUGCCAAUUUAGUGGAACUGACUUAUUUACUGAUACACAAACAUGUUAAAAACACAAAUAUAAAGAUUUUUGUAACUCCAGGUUUUUUGCAGGAUAGUCUUACUGUUUGCUACAAGUGUGCACCACCUUUGGAAAGGUGUUUUUGGUGCUGACUUAGUUGUAAUAUUUCAAGAUAUGUGCCAAAGCAAUUUAGGAAAGACUGCACUUUAUAUUUAAGUGUUCAAUUCAUCUUCAGUUUUUCUUAAUGGUCACAGUUUUCUUAAACUCACCUCUCUGUCACUGCAGCAGGACCCGUACAUCGCCUCAAUGGAGCAUCACACAGACUGGGUCAAUGAUAUAGUUCUCUGUUGUAAUGGGAAAACAUGUGAGUUUACCCACAGAACACUUAUUUUUCCUCAGGGUGUAGGUUCUGUUAAGCAUUGAACACAGUUGUGUCUCUCCUGUUUUAGUGAUAUCUGCCUCAUCAGAUACUACAGUCAAAGUCUGGAAUGCACACAAAGGCUUCUGCAUGUCGACGUUACGGACACACAAGGACUAUGUGAAAGCUCUGGCAUACGCUAAAGACAAGGAGCUUGUGGCCUCAGCUGGUCUGGACCGGCAGAUCUUCCUAUGGGAUGUGAACACACUAACAGCACUCACUGCUUCCAACAACACUGUCACCAGUGAGUAUUAUUUGUUGCUGUGUGCUUAAUUCAAGCCAUGUAGCCACUCCAAGUUCACCUCACUCCCUGUCAUUUCUUUCCCACUACAAGUUGACUUUACUCACUGUAAUUUGUCUCCCACAGCCUCGUCACUCAGUGGCAACAAGGACUCAAUCUACAGUCUUGCUAUGAACCAGAUGGGAACAGUUAUCGUAUCUGGGUCCACAGAAAAGGUUUGAGAUUUUGUCAGUACAACACAGUCAUAUAAAUCCAACGUAACAGUCCACAAAAUGAGGUGUAGUUAUUUUAUCUGUGACAUUUCUAACAUUUUUCAACUUAUACGCAGGCAGAGGCAGUGUAGUAGUCAUCCACCUUAGGCUCUGAGUGGCUGUGAUUUGUUUUUGAGAAACAGAGUUUUCCAGGGACAGCACUUGGUGAAUUCGUCAUCUUUUAUUGCAAUGUAGUGUUGGCGCUAUUUUGUGAUUGGUCCAAUGUUUGAAAAAGAUGCUGCUAUUAAUGCCUCUGAGGUAAAAAAGUGGGAAGUUUGCAGUGUGUCUGUGGUUUUUGUCAGUACAGACAAGGGCAUCCCAACGGUUCAGUUCUAUUAGUUUGUUUGUCCUGUUUUCCCUGUCUGCGAUUCUCUCUGUGUUUGACAUUGGAAUUUAGAGCUGGAGUGAUGCAAACUAUUUUUCAAGCUGCAAUAGAAUAUGGAGAGUGAAUAGCUCAAUCUGUUGACUCAUAAUCCUGUAAGGUGGCAGAGCACAGUUUAGAAGGAGUGAAUCUCUGUCCUCAAUGAAUAUCAUUAGAGCAACGAGAUUGAGAUUAUUCAGCCUCGGUUUGUAUGGCUCCAUUUUGUUUUAAUUCCAAAAAUAUGUUGUUUGUAAAAAGUGUUUGGUUGAACAAGCUUACAUGAGUGUGUGCACCCAGCGAUGGGGGAAAAAGGAGACAGUAGAAAAGAGAUCCUUCAAUCCUAACUGUUAAGGAGCUGUGAAGGAGCACCCGUCUCAACCUCUCUCAUUUUUUCUUAGGUCCUUAGAGUGUGGGAUCCUCGAACAUGUGCAAAACUGAUGAAGCUAAAAGGACACACAGACAACGUCAAAUCACUGCUGCUGAAUCGAGACGGCACUCAGGUGAGUAAACAUGGUUGAGCUGUGGCAGUCGAUGAGAGAAAAUGUCAAACCUAAACCUUCUGUCCUCCUCCGUAGUGUCUGUCAGGCAGCUCAGAUGGGACCAUCCGCCUGUGGUCGCUGGGCCAGCAGCGAUGUAUUGCCACCUACAGGGUGCAUGAUGAAGGGGUGUGGGCCCUGCAGGUCAAUGAGGCCUUUACACACGUUUAUUCUGGAGGCAGAGACAAAAAGAUCUACUGCACUGACCUGCGUAACCCCGACAUCCGUGUGCUCAUCUGUGAGGAGAAGGCCCCGGUGCUCAAAGUAAGAGGCUGGCAUACAGUUUGAUUGAAAGUGAAGUCUCUGUUUUAUGACUUUGAUAUUGCACAGAUUGAACAUUUUCACUGUGACAUGCUUGUUUUUGCUCUCUUUGAGAAUUGUCAGCUGUUCAGGUGCUAAUUUUACAAAAGUUGUAUAGUGUAUUUUUUUCUGAUGUAAAAAGCUGUAAAGAACAGUGCUGAAUAUUGACUGUUUAUCCUCCUCAGUCAUCCCUGUGCUCAUAGCUGACCAUUUACAGUCACUCAACCUUUCUCCUUUUUUUCUUUUUUUUUGUGUGUGUAGAUGGAACUGGACAGAACUGCUGAUCCACCUCCAGCAAUCUGGGUCUCCACCACCAAGUCAUCCGUAAAUAAAUGGGUAAGCAUGCGUGACACCUCUGAGAUCACUGCUAGACCGUCUGCAUAGUGACUCCUGGAUGCGGUGCAGAUAGAGACUCCUGCAUGUGGCGUGGACUAAUGCUAUUCAUUGUUAAUCCUCCUGUAAUUUGUGUUAAAAAAUUAAGCCAGCUUUGUGAUGCGGGGGGUGAUACACAAAAGAUAAUUACAUUACUUGAACCACAGAGGGGGGGAGUGAUUAUAAAAAUCCAGGAUAAUCUGUAAUAAUGAAUCCUGUCUGUCUGUCUGUCUGUCUGUCUGCCUGUGUGCGUGUCUGUGUAUGUCCAUGUCUAUGUAUAGUCUCUAAAGGGAAUGCACAACUUCAGAUCAUCAGGGGAGUAUGACAAUGACUGCACUACCCCUCUGACACCUCUGUGUACUCAGCCUGAACAAGUCAUCAAGGGUAAAUAUGUGUAAUAUCUAUAAAUUCAGUAUUUUUUGGUCUUUAUGUCUCAUUUUUGUUGUGGAGUAACAUUAAGCGUUGGGUUUGCAGGAGGUGCCAGUAUCAUACAGUGCCACAUUCUGAAUGACAAGAGACACAUACUCACCAAAGAUACCAACAAUAAUGUGGCUUUUUGGGAUGUCCUCAAGGUAAACUCCCGACCUUUAGAGGAGAUAUUUUAAAUCCAAGUGUGAUUGUGUUUUCUGUUCUUUACAAGCAGAAGUGAUGCUGGUGUUUCAGAUUUUUUUCUUGCGUCUUGCUGUUCACUUUAUAUUCAGCACGUUUCAUAGCGUUAGUAUGAGUCUGUUCUCACAGUAUUGUGUGUGUUUUAAACCACAAGAUAUGGAAAUUAGGAUAGCAGGUUGUUUGAUUGUGUUUUUACAAUCUUUUAGAGACAUUUCCCUCUUUUUGAAUAAGAAAUGGGAAAAAAUGCGAUUUUAGGUUUAGAAAAAAGCUUUUAAGAUGGUGCUGCAUUAGGGAUCACAACUUACAGCAGCUAUUGGAUGUUAGAAAUGACAAAGAUCACAGCAUAUCCUCUCUUAUUUACUCCAGUAUAAAGUCUGGCCUUUCCUGCUGGACUCUGAGGGGAAUUAGCAACUUUCAUGAAAAUGUUUUCAUUUAUAGUUUCUUCUCCUUCGUCAAUCGUAAAUGGGUUUGAUUUUAGUCAUUUUCUUGUGACAGCUCUGUGUUUGCUGUUCAGGUAUCUGCUCUUAUCAUUUGUCCUCCACUCGCUGAUAAAAAUCUUACUCCUGUAUGAUUUGUGAUACUUGCUGUAGUUUGAAGUAUGAAUUUGAUGUUUAUUUUUAUGUACUUUCUGCUAAUGAGGCAAAUUAACUCAGUGCUCAGUGACAUUCACGAUAUGAUACAAUACAAUACAAUACAAUGUGCUUUAUUGUCCCCUUGAAGAAAUUUGUUCUGCACAUGCUAAGUUGCCAGUAAAUUUAACAAAUAUAUAAAACAGCACCAAACCCAUCAAUGAGUCCCCAAGCAAUUUGAGAAACUUAUCACAAGAAAACCACAAAAAAAAAAAAUCCCACAUCAACGCCCAAAAUUUCUGCCUUUUUUUCCUGAUGUUUCAUCGCUUUCCCUGUGGGUUAACAGACUUUGUGCAUACUUUGUCUGUAGGCUUGUAAGGGUGAGGAUUUGGGGAAAGUGGAGUUUGAUGAAGAGAUUAAAAAGCGGUUCAAGAUGGUCUACGUGCCAAACUGGUUCUCUGUUGAUCUGAAAACUGGGGUGAGUUCUAAACUGAAUCAUAAUAAGAGAGCUUAGCAUCGAUCUCUUAAGCACUAACUGCUCUAAAAUCAAGUGUCUGACUUGAGUCUGUUCAGAAGUCACAGUGGUGUGUGUCUCUUUUUAAUAGAUGCUAACAAUCACAUUGGAUGAGAGCGACUGCUUUGCUGCCUGGGUGUCUGCAAAGGAUGCUGGGUUUUCGAGUUCUGAUGGAUCCGACCCUAAAUGUAAGACCUGAUCAGUCGUUUAAAUCAAAUAACUGUGAAACAAGCUGUCUUGUUGUUGUUUGGCUGCUGACUUACUUUUCCUAUUUUGCAGUGAACCUGGGCGGGCUGCUGCUUCAGGCUCUGCUGGAGUUCUGGCCCAGAACUCGCAUCAACCCCAUGGACGAGGAAGAGAACGAGGUGAACCACGGUAAGAGUGAGGCGACUUAUCUUCUCCGCCGCCAAACGGUUGUGAAAAAUAAAUCAAUCAAAUCUCUGCAGUGGUGCUUUGAGAACGACAUCCGGCUGUGUGUCGAACAAAGCCUUAUGAAGCUGAAAACACCAGGCCCGGGAGUGCUUGAAAGCACUUUUGAUACACAGUGUCUUUUAGCUAUCAUGCCACCGCUGCCUCUGGGUGCUUUGACACGGCAUUUUAUUGCAAACAGAAAAGUUGGCACAAGAUUAAGUCAUUGUUCUUGCCCUUGCUUUGGAUUAAGGGAAAAUUGCUGCAUGUAGGAAAAGAGACCUGGGGAUACUCGGGAACCAGCAGCAUUCAUUUGUCCUUGAUGGAAAAAAGUAUAAAGUAUGAAGUAAAGCUUCUUUGUUUGAUGAGUGACUUUUUUAUGGUUUGGUUCUGUAUUAUUGAAAUAACCAAUUUUGAUUGUUGUUUAACCUCUGUACUGGUAGCAUAUAAAUACUGAGUUAUUUGUCCCUCCUCUCUUACCAUAUGGUCAACUGGUUGAAUGAAACAGUGACAAGAGCAGGGCUGUUUUCAAAACUGAACCUUUUCCAUUUCAGAUGUUAAAGCCUGAUAAAACAUGCUCCUCACAGAGUAACCUCUAAGGUCUCUGAUGUUGCUGCAGUUUUUUGACAUAUGAAUCAAUGUACCCCUCUCAUUAGCCCCUCGGGUAAAGGACAUUUUGGUACUUCCGGUGUGUUUCCACUCACUCUCACAGCAAGUUUGUGAUCUUGUGUCCACAGUAAACGGAGAGCAGGAAAACAGGGUCCAGAAAGGAAACGGAUACUUCCAAGUGCCACCACACACACCGGUCAUCUUUGGAGAAGCAGGAGGAAGAACUCUUUUCAGGUAAUCAUUCAUUAACUCAUAGUACCAACACAGGUUAGAUGUCAUUUAAGGAGAGGGCAGUGAGUUUUGUAAUGUCAUCUCGGGUCAUAAACAGUUAUUAUUCAGACUCUUUUAUCGCACCUCAUCUGACAGUGUGUUUGUUUUGUGUUGCAGGUUGCUAUGUAGAGACUCAGGUGGUGAGACAGAGUCAAUGCUGCUGAAUGAGACAGUCCCACAGUGGGUUAUUGACAUUACUGUAGAUGUGAGUAUGGUUAUUUGUAUUUCGGCUUUGUCACCUUCAUCUUUAGAUUAUUGAGUCAUCUCUAAAAUUUACAUGUUAAUGUAAAACAAAUUUUAGAGGUCGGUUUGAGAUGUUUCGGCAGUAGUGAUAAGUGUUUGCUGUCAUCAGUUGCUCAUUCAUACUCAAUAGUGGAAUCACAGGUUUACCAUCAUUCCCUUAUUUUGGUGUGUCUCAGAAAGAUAACUGAAAAGACUGUGAGAAAAGUCUUUAUUUGGUUUUGAACAAAUGACACGAGUGUGGUGGGAUCAGUUUGACCAAAUGUAUUCUUCACUUGAUUCAUGAUGGAUGUGGUACAUCAUGUUUUACAGUUUAUAAUCAAGUUUCUCUAAUGGGAUAAGGCAGCAAGAGCAGCUUGUUCAUAAAAACAACAACAACAACAAAAAACAGUGUCUAACAGUUAUUGUUGUGUAUGUGAAACAAUGGACCUGAUUUAACUUCUAAUUCUAAAAACAAUAGUAAUGUCGAAGUAAUAAACUCGGACUUUAUGUUUACAUUAAUUACAGUCAUCCAGAGAUGGAAAGGCCGCUGAUAGCCGCUUGAAAAAUAAUUAAUGACUGUUUUUUUUUUUGUUCAGAAUUAUUCCAGGUCUUUAGAUCAAGAGAGAAGUUUAUCAGUUUAGAAUAUUAUCUGUCUUUUUGACCCAUUAGGUUUUGAUAGUGAGCCAGUGUGCAUCAUUGAAGGCUGAUAAAAUUAAAGCACUAUGUUUGAGUCUGCUUUUAUGGGUGUUACUUAUGACUGCUUUUACUCAUAAAUACUUGAAUUUAGACUGAAAGGGUGAAGUCACUGUCUUCACAACACUUGUAGAAACUCUUGAGAUACUGUAUAUGUCAAAAAAACUAUUCCUCUGCCAUCUUACAUUGUUUUUGAUUUCUCUUCUGUUCCAGAAAAAUAUGCCCAAGUUCAACAAAAUCCCGUUCUACCUCCAGCCCCAUUCUUCCUCUGGUGCAAAAACUCUGAAAAAGUAAGUCCCGAUGACCUUUUAUCAGUGAGCAGAAAACCAACACAAACCUGGAUGCUGCAGCACCAGCUGAUAUGGUUGAGAGCUGAUAUGUUCUCUUUUUGUUCUGCAGGGACCGUCUGUCGGCCAGUGACAUGCUGCAGGUGAGGAAGGUGAUGGAACAUGUUUAUGAGAAGAUCAUCAACCUGGACAACGAGUCCCAGACGACCAGUUCCUCGGCCAAUGAUAAGCCAGGAGAGCAGGAGAAGGAGGAGGACAUGGCCAUGUUAGCCGAGGAGAAGAUCGAACUUAUGUGUCAAGACCAGGUGGGCAGGAUGUUUUCACACUGUAAUACUAGAGCAUCCUCACUAAGAUGCUCCUAAUACCAAUUCAGAUGGCUUUACUUCAGUCUUGGCUGAUGACAAGUAAACCUAAGAAACUAGUGCAUUUCCUGUGUUUGAUGGUAUACUUGUGGUGCUGGGGCACUGGCAGGAGGAGGGGAGGUUGAUGGAAAAAUAUUUAGGAAAUACAUCAAACAUUAAAUUACACAGAAUUGUGUUCCAACAAAUCAGAUUUAUUCAAAAUAUUCAUGUUUAUUUUAAAUAACCUGCUAGUUAAUAUCUUAAUUGGUCGGGGCUUAUAGUUGUUUUUUAACAGUGUGUACCUUCACAGCCAGGGUUUCUCCAGAAAAACAUCUCUGAUUCUCUGCUCUGAUCAGCUUUUAUGCACGUGUUUGGUCCUUCUCCACCGUUUUUAAACCAUGAUCUUGUCUUGGAUCCUCUUGCGCAUCACUUUAAAUGUCUUUCAGCAGUAACCUCAAUGGUAGAUGCAUUCUUUUAGAUACAUUCACAAACCUUUGGACUAAACUGAUCUUGUGUUUCUGCGCUGUUAUUGCCCUGCUGAAAUGUAAAGCUACAGCUACAUACAGUUAGCCUAUGUUAAGUUCAUGUGUCAUUUUUUUAUGACUUUAGAGGAUUCUCUUUAGUUUUGUUUAUGCACGUAACAGAAAAGCAAACUCUGAAAAUGUCAUCCAGAAUGUGAGUAAUUCUUUGGCAUGCAGUGUUUAAGUGACUCUAUUUUUCAUUGCACUGGACAGUGUUUGGUGGUAGAGAUAUAGUGAUCAUGUAACCAUGGUUACUUACUCCCUCCUGUAUUGAAAGACAGGGAUGAAGGGAGCUGCUGUGAUGCUGACUAAGGUCACUCGGAGCGGCAUGCUCCGUCUUGGGUGCUGUACUCUUAAAUACCACAUUUUUAUUUCAAAUAUGAACCCGCUCACAUCAGCACCUCUUUUAUUCAGUUUGCUUGUAUAUUUAUGUUCUUCCACCAAUCUUUCUCAGUACAUUAUAAAGAGUCGUCCAAAUGUUACGACUCCUGUUUUAAAUAGUUUCCUGCUUUCAGGUAAACUUAAUGCUGGGUAGGUUAUCAGUGAUGUGGGAAAAUGAAGUAGUUAGCUCAGGCUGUCGCAAUAACCACUAUUGACAUAAACAGUCUUUUCUAAAAAUAAAAAUAUAGCUAUCAUGUUACAAAUAAGCAUAAAUUAGUACCUUGAGUUCACAGUGGGGGUCCUUACACUGGGCCAUGCGUUUUUCUACAGGGGAUAGACAAACGGAAAGUAACCCAUUGAUGGUGAUUAGAUGCUAUUGAAAACUGACUUUCCAAGAUUGACUGUGUAUCCAAAAACAACCUAACAGCUGGUACCUCUGCAAUGUACCUAUUAAUUAAACAUUUGUACUUCCUGUUAUUUUCACUGUUUUCUUUCAGUCCAUGCAGGAAAUAAAGCAACCUCAAGGAAGGACAGAAAACUAUCGACAUAAAAGCAUACAAUCAUUAAUGAUUGGUCAUAUGGAUAAAUCAUCAGUUUGAACAAUUUUAGAAAUGCACGAUGAUGACAUAUAAGGAAAUGUUAUGUACUAAUUAAGUCUAUUAAGUAAUCUGUAGCUCCAUCCUUGUCUUGCCUUUCUUGAGUUUGACUGUUGUUGCCAAAUGAACUUUCCAUGAACAUCAUUGUUGUGAUAUCUUGAGGCCUCAAUAACCAUGAGGUGUAAAUCGGAGAUCCUGGCAGCCCUACAAGUAGCCAUAACUUCUCUUAUUCAUGUUUAGACCUCUGUUCUGGACAAAUAAUUUUUUUUUUCCCGAAUGCAGUUAAAUAAUCAUUUCAUUUUAUAGUAUAUCCAAUUAUGUAUUUUAGGUAGGAUCUGUUCUGACAAGUCUCUCCAAAAACAAGAGCACCAACAGUUUUUUCUCUUUCUCAUCUUUAAACCAGGUUCUGGACCCCAACAUGGACCUGCGAACAGUUAAACAUUUUAUCUGGAAGAGCGGAGGGGACUUGACGCUUCACUAUAGGCAGAAGUCCACGUGAAAGUCCGAAUUUUUAACACAAGAACUCUUCGUCAUUUGCCAAUCACCACCCACCUCUGACAUGUAGUCCCCUAAACCCCAUUAUGUGGUCAAGAGUUGCAGCAUCAAUGAGAACCUGGUAAAAAUUGUGUGAGGACGCGGCUCAUGGUGUAUCAUAGGGAACUGACCAGAACAGGCUGGAGCAGCAGAAGAUGAAACCAGGGAGACAAAGCGGUCCGAAGGUUUUUUUUUUUUUCUUUUUUUGUUUGUUUGAUUUUGAAACCGUUUGAAGAAUGGACUCCGUUUCCUCCAGCGCUCACCAGUUUCUGUUUUUUGAUUUCACUGCUACAUAAGGUUUUCUUUCCUGUUGUUGGCAUUUUACUUUAAAGCGUUGGAAGUUACAGUACAUGUUUGUGUCCGAGUGUGUGUGCGUGUGUGUAUGUGUGCGCGUGCACAUGCACAUGGAUGUAGUAGACUCUGCGUUUGUUCUAGUACAUUCCAGAAACUGUCCUCGUUCUAUAAACACUCCACAGUCGUCUCUGCAGCGUCACAUUUUAGGACUCACUCUGUCUCUGGGUAGCAUCACAGCCCCCUAAAUAAAUCCUCCUUCUGUUAUGUCAUCAUCUCAACUCCAAGUUUAACCCCGGCUUAGACUUCUAAUUACUGCAGAGCUCGAACCUCAUUGACAGAUGCACUCGUCUUUGUCUUUUCUUUUUAGCUGUGCUGUUCUAAAUGGACUGAAUGUUCUUUCUUUUUGUAAAUAUAUGUACAACAUUUAUGAUUUCAGUGACUUUUUUUUUUUUUGGUUUUGCAGCAGUUUUAUUGUGUUGAUGUACAGUUUACUUAAAAAAUGACAGUUAUUUUUCCAAAUCCCUAGAGCACAUUCAUGGUCAUGAAAGAAGUCUGACUUGGAUGUUGAAAAAAUUGCAUUGUUGUAUUCAGUACAACCCAGAAAUUGCAGUUUUCCUUUUCAGAAUGUUAGUAGUUGUCCAAGUCAUUUUAGCAAAGGGGAAAUAAUAUAUAAGAUAUGUAUCUUUAACAGUAACUCACGCUUACUGGCUCUGCCCUGCAGUGAGCAGUGACUUUGUUGACGGUGAGGCUGUUCCUAAUGUAUAUUUCAUUUAGAAUCGAUAGGACUUCAAUGAAUCAUGAGUAUAACUUGAAGGGGAAUCUCAUCCAACAGAUGAUGAACACUCAAACACUGUGGGGAAAUUCACCAAAGUGAAAUAAAACAGUAACAACCAUUUCUGUCCUGGUGCGACACCGUGCAGAACCACAGAUUGUUUCAUUGUAAAUUUUCUGCUGUUAAUUUUGCCAUGUUGAGUGUGUGUUAACGCCAUAAUGGGGAAUGAGCUCUAAUUGGCCAAAAAAAAACCAUGAUGGGUACCAGAAAUUAGGCCAUAACACUGCAAUAUCCCUUGUUGUAAUAAUUUGUGAAAUAUGUAUAUUUUAGGCAAUGGAAGAAAUAAAUUGGAAUGGUUUAACAAUGACAGAUUGAUGAGCA